UGCAGCUUCAAUAAAAUAUUAAGGUUAUUUGAUGAAUUAAAUGAACUGCACUGAAUUUAUCUUUGAGGGUAUGGUCAUUAUUUUUUACAGAUAAUAUUUUUAUAGCCGAUAUCUAAUCAAUAAAUAUGUUCACAUUUUCUUAAACGAUAUAUUUGUAAGGUGUGCGUGCUUAAAAAUGAAUAUUCUAAUAAUCAAUUACAUUGAGCAUAUUAUAACAGACCUUAUACAUCAAAUGACGACAAGUGGAAGAUUUUGUUUAAGUUUGAUAAAUAUUUCCAACUGGAAUAAUUUUGAAACAUCCAAUAAUGGACUUUUAAUAUUACGGAAAAACAAAAACAAUUUAGUUUUUUCCGAAAUUAAAUAUAAUCAAGCACGUAGUCGUUACAGAUUAUCUAUUAUUCUGUAUAUAUUAGCGGAAGUGCAUCAACAUUUGCUACAAAGUAGUACAAGCAUGUUUCGUGAACUUUUUUAUAAGAAUCCAGUAUUUACUCGCAAUCAAACUAACAUUUAUAGAGCGGUACACGAUGUAUGCGGUAUCUUGCAAACGUCGCCAUGGAAUUUAGGAAUAUUUUCCUCUGGAAAGGGUCUUAUUGCAGGUGCAAUAAGUAUCUGUUUACACAAUGGCGAUGUAAUAGACUGUCGUAGACAAAUGAAUGCUACAUUAUUGCCUCAAGAUAUUAGAAUGAUUCAUCAUUUUCAAACGAAUGCCGCACUUGUAUUAAUAAUUGAAAAGGAUACUGUAUUUGAAUAUUUAUUAAGCCGAAAUAUUUUAAGUUUAUUAGGAGUAGAUAUUAUACUAAUAACAGGAAGGGGUUAUCCUGAUAUGUGCACUCGUUAUUUUGUAAAUCAACUUAACACAAUCUAUCAAUUACCUGUAUACAUUCUUGUCGAUGCUGAUCCAUAUGGUAUUGAAAUUAUGCUUGUUUAUCGUCAUGGCUCAAGAACACUUGCAAAUGGUGGUAUACAUUUAGCAUGUCCAAAUCUUCUAUGGGUCGGUAUUCAUCCAUCGGAGAUCAAUGUUAUGCCUGUUUCGCAAUCUGCGCUUAGUAUGCGUGACCGUAAAAAAAUAAAUGACCUGCUAAAACGGAAUUAUUUAAGUGAGGGUGUUCGACAUGAAUUGCAAAUACUUCAUCAAAUUAAUUCUAAAGCUGAAAUUGAAGGUUUUGCUAGUAAUGCUAUGGAUUUCUUAAUCAAUGAUUAUAUACCUAAUAAGAUAAUAAGAAAUUUAUUAAUAUAA